UUUACCAGUAGGACUAGCCGAUAAAGAGAGCAGGGGAGUAGGGUAGAGUAAAAAAAGAGGAGUGAAAGGAGUGUUGGAAAAAUUUCCUUAGUGUAGGAUUGGUGGAAGGAAAAAUAAGAUGAAGCAGAUGUUCUUGUUGCUGGUGCUAGCCAGCUCAACGUCUGCAUUCCGUCUGGACUUCUCAGGUGGACAGGCGAACCCCACCCUGCCCCCUGAGGCUCUCACGACAGAAACGAGCCCAACUGAAUCAAAGUCUCGCUUUGCCAUGCUGGAUGACGUUCGCCUCCUAGCAAACGGCCUCCUCCAACUCGGCCAGAGUUUACGGGAGUUCGUGCACAAAACCAAAGCCCAAAUCAACGACAUUUUUCAAAAGCUGAACAUUUUCGAUCGCUCUUUUUACCAGCUUUCAGUGGUCACUUCAGAAAUCAAGGAGGAAGAGGAGGAGCUCAAGAAGACCACCAACAUCCUGAAGGCCAACAACGACGAGAUAAAAAACUUGUCUUUGGAAAUCAACUCUAAAAUCAACAACAUCCUGCAGGAGCGAACACAACUUCAGAGCAAAGUGGGAAGCCUUGAGGAGAGGCUGAAAGGAUUAUCGCAGAGUGUGAUUCCUGCUGACCAGCUAAGUGAAAUCACAACACUUAAGGAAGUGAUAGAAGCUCAGGAGAAAACUAUCAGCAAUCUUCUGCAAGCAGUGAAAGAGCAGCACGAACAACUGGACCACCAGAAAGUCAAGAUUAAAAACCUGGAGGACAAGCUCAGCUAUGACAAUUUUCAAGAAACGGCAGAUAAGUCAUUGGAUUCAGACCAUUUAGCUGCUGAUGUGUUUGAAUAUCUCCCAAGAAACUCAACUGGCUUAGAUGCAAAUGACCUUCCUGUAGACUGCAGUGAGUUAUUUAACAAAGGUGAAACAAACAGUGGGAUCUAUGCCAUCAAACCAAACCAUUCAGAGCCGUUUUACGUUUACUGUGAAAUGGGCUCAGAUGGGGGUUCAAUUGUCAUUCAGCGCAGGACGGAUAGCUCAGUAGAUUUUGACCAAACAUGGGAAAUGUACGAAAAAGGAUUUGGAAAUCUGGAAAAGGACUUCUGGCUGGGCCUGAAGAAAAUACACAGUAUCACACAACUUAGACGGUACAUCCUGCGUAUUGAUGUGGAAGACUGGAAGGAGGAGAAGCACUGGGCUGAGUACAGCUUUUCAGUCGAAGAUCCCUCCAAGGACUACAGCCUUCAUGUCAGUCACUUUGCAGGGGAUUUGCCUGACGUGAUGACCAACAUAACCGGCACAAAGUUCUCUACAAAAGACAGGAACAACAUCUGCAGCUCCGACUGUGCUCGCAGUUGCACAGGUGGCUGGUGGUUCAGUGUCUGCAGCGAAACCAACCUAAAUGGGAAGUACUUCUGGUUGAGGGCAAAAGGACGCUCUGUGAGGAGGAAGGGUAUUCAAUGGAAGCCUGGCACAGGGUCUUUGUACUCCUUCAAAGUGACCAAACUCACCUUACAAACAGCCUCGGCAACAGAUAGUGCCAACUGACAACUCAAGUAAUAAUUAGUAACAAGUAAUAAUGGCAUUUUUAAUGGUACACAACAUCUAAAAUCAGAUGAAAGCUUCUAUAGAAAGGACAGUGAAAUGACGUAAGCUUUAGAUAUGUCCUCAUUUAAUUGCAGCUAGAAGCCUGUUUUUUUCUGUCAGCAGGCCAAAUGUGUCAAAAGUUGGACUUACAGAGGUGUUGUAACGGUGCAACUAUGGCAUUUAGGUUUUUAACCUAUCGGGUCUGGUCUAGCAAGGGCAGCAGAACUGUCAUUAUGUAACAUCUGCAAUCGUUAGCGAAAUGCACACAUUGAUCUACAGUGCAACCUAAAUAUGCGAUGGCUGCAAAAUAUCCCAAAGCUAAAACAGAAAAGAGUUAUUGAAAGAUUACAAUCUUAAAAUAGAGCUCGUGUAAUCUAAAUAUAUUUUGCAGCUUCUGCGUCAAGUUGUGAUGUGAAAGUGUACUGCAUGUUCCCUGAAGCUACAGAAACAUUUACCAAGAAGUUAUUGCAUAAUGCAGGCAAAUUUUAUUUUAAGCUUUGAAAGAAACAAUGUUAGUUCUAAAACCAAAAAAAAUAUAUAUCUGUGAUGUGUGUUUUUUUUUCUGUUUAGGCCUUUUAGAUUUCGUUCUUAUACUUAUUUACACAACUGAGUACAAAGCUAAAAAAUAACGUCUCUAAAAUAG